AUGAGUCUAUGCCAAAGGAAAUAUGCUCUUGAAAUACUAAAGGAGACCGGCUUCCUUGAAAGCAAACCGGCAGCCACCCCUAUGGUUCCAGGAUUGAAGCUUGUUCAUUCUGAAGGAAAUCCUCUUCCUGAUGCUGGCUCCUAUAGACGACUGGUCGGCAGGCUAUUGUACCUCACAGCCACAAGACCUGAUAUAACAUUUGCCCUUCAACAGCUAAGCCAGUUUGUAGACACUCCUACAUACAUUCUUCUAACAGCAGCACAUCGAGUUUUAAGGUACAUCAAAGCCUCACCCAGGCAAGGGAUUUUUUAUCCUUCACAUGCGAGUCUACAUCUAAAAGGCUUCUCCGAUUCUGAUUGGGCGGCUUGCAAUGAAACACGAAAAUCUGUAACAGGUUACUGCAUAUUCCUUGGUUCCUCACUUAUAUCAUGGCGGUCGAAGAAGCAGGCUACCAUUUCUCGUUCCAGCUCCGAAGCCAAAUAUCGUGCUCUUGCAGCAACCGUUUGUGAGAUCCAAUGGCUCAAAUAUCUUCUCCAAGAUCUUAAGGUUACAGAGGCUAAGACAGCAACUUUAUACUGUGACAGCAGAUCAGCCGUAGCCAUUGCCGAGAACUCCGUCUUCCACGAACGCACCAAACACAUAGAGAUUGACUGCCAUGUAGUUCGCGAGAAGAUAAAUCAAGGCUUAAUCAAGUUGUUAUCUGUGUCAACUAAGAAUCAAACGGCUGAUGGUUUCACAAAGCCUCUUCCUACUGCUCUGUUUCGCGACUUCAUCUGUAAGCUUGGUGUACAAGACUUGUACUCCCCAGCUUAUGGGGGGGUAUUGGAGAACACUAAUACGCCCUCAGUAGAAUUAAAGAAGUAA